AUGUUGUUCCCAACUUUUUCCUUUAUCCUUCUAUUUUUAUCGAUUGAUUUUUCACUCCAACAAACAAAAACACAAGUUUUGGACAUUUCAAUCACCCCAAAAUCCCCAAAAAAUAUCGAAAUCAAACUUCUUGACACCAAAUUCAAACCAAUUCAUCAUUUGGUACCUCGAAAAUCACCAAACUCCCAAACUUUUUACGGAAGAAUUCGGCGCGAAUUUGAGGGAAACUCGGUGAAUAUUUUGGAAUUGCAAGGAGGAUUCCGACAAAAUUUGGCGAUAUUUUCAAGUUUUUCCAAUAUUUCGGAUCAUUUGACAAUUUCGGGAGAUGAAUAUAAAUUGAAGAUUGCGUCGAAAAUUGUUGAUUUGACGGAAUUGUUGAUGAGAGAAUUGAAAGGAAAUGGAUGUUCGUGUGUUCAUGGAAAUUGUGCUUGUUGUGUUGAUGUGGAAAUUCCAGAAUUUCGUCAUAAUGGUGAGUUAUGACGUGGCAGGCUUUCUAAAAAUCUCCAUGAUUAUUUCAGCCUGCGUCAACGCCACCUACAAUCCAUCAACAGUUGGUCUCGAUCUCUCAAUCGGCAUUGAUGGACACUAUUUCACCCAGGAAAUCUCAAGUAACAUCUAAACGUUAUCAAUUUAUACAUGUUUUUUUCUUGCAGUCCGUAAUCCUCCCCCGGUUUGCAUCUCGGUUCCAAUUCCUGGCGCUGAACACAUUGCUGGAAUUUGUGUCGCAUUCACAGAUUUGGAUUUGAAUAAAGAGAAGAAGAUUUUGUCGGGAUGUAUUGAUUUGGAGAUCGAGUUGGUGCAUUUGAGAGUUGUUCAAGUUAAAGUCGGAUGUUUCAAAAUGCCAGUUUAA